AUGGCCAUUUGGGAGAUCAAUGGGAAUCCCAGGCUCUUACCCAACCUCACUCUGGGCUACAAUGUCUACGCGACCAAUUUUGAUGGAAGAAUUACUUCCGAUGCCAUGACAGACCUGCUAGGAGGCGGUGAGAACAACAUUCCAAACUACAGCUGUGGAAGGCGGAAUCAUGCGUUGGCUGUGCUUGAAGGGGCUGACUCUGACAUCUCCGUCCAGAUUUCAUUCAUAUCAGGCACCUACAAACUCCCACAGAUCCAGGAGGAUGCUGAAGAUGGAACAUCAAAGGAUGCAGCCAUGGCAGCUUUUGUGUUCGGAAUCUUCAUUAAACAUCAGCACACUCCAAUGGUCAAAGCCAACAACCGGGACCUCUCCUACAUCCUCCUCGUCUCCCUCCUGCUUUCCUUUCUGUCCUCCUUCCUGUUCAUUGGCCAGCCAAGGAAGGUGACCUGCCUUCUCCGACAAACCACCUUCAGCAUCAUCUUCUCAGUUGCCGUCUCUUCCGUGUUGGCCAAAACCGUCACAGUAGUGGUUGCAUUCAUGGCCACCAAACCAGGGAACAGGAUGAGGAGGUGGCUGGGGAAGCGUUUGGCCAACUUCAUUGUAUUUUUCUGUUCCAGUGUUCAGCUUGGGAUCUGCACCAUCUGGCUGGGGAUCUCUCCACCCUUCCCAGAGUCCAACAUGCACUCUCAGCCUGGGCAGAUCACCAUGCAGUGUAACGAAGGGUCUUUCGCCAUGUUUUAUAGUACCCUUGGCUACAUGGGCUUCCUAACCACUGUCUGUUUCACGGUGGCUUUCCUAGCCAGGAAGCUGCCUGGGGCAUUCAAUGAAGCCAAGUUGAUCACCUUCAGCAUGCUGAUCUUUUGCAGCGUCUGGGUCUCCUUUGUGCCCAGCUACCUGAGCACCAAGGGGAAAUCCAUGGUGGCUGUGCAGGUCUUCUCCAUCUUGGCCUCCAGUGCUGGCUUACUGGGCUGCAUCUUCAUUCCCAAGUGCUACAUUAUCAUCCUGAGACCUGAUCUGAAUACAAAGGAACACCUGAUGGUGAAAACUGAAGGUGGUAUCUGA